AAUUUCAUAUUCAUUACGUUUCUUUAAAAUUUUACACAAAAGUUUUUUCAAUAAAAUGAAUAAUUAUAAACAUUUCAUUGCUGGCGUAACUAAUGUCGUUUUAGGAGACGUUCGUAUAAUAACUGACAACGAUGACGGUAUAAAGCCUCAGGUAGCCAGCUUUGUAAAACUAAUCGAUGGCGUGAAAUACGAGGAUGGAUCUUAUCACACUUAUUAUGAUGAAAUGAAGGCAGUUGUGAAGAGUUUCAUCGUUUACUGGAGAGAAACUAUGGAUUUAGCUGUAAAACGAGCUGAUUAUCUUUGUCACAAAGCCGAAGAAACCGCAUGGAAGGAGUUUCAGGAGCUUUUACUAUUGCACAUUGUUAAUACUAUAAGUUUAUGGAAGGACUAUGAAAAUAAUUUUUUGAAGGAAUUUUUGCCAAUAGAGUCCGAACCGCAACAAAAGAUACACGACGAUCUAACCUCAAAGUUCCGCGAGCACAUGGGCCAGCUCCACGAGAUAAAGUUGCGCGUCGAAAAUAUGGAUCGUAAGGAGCAAGUCUUGGAGUUCGCGAAAGAGCAGUACGCCAAGACUGUGGAGUCGAAGGAAAAGGUGUUCCAGUACACUCAUGAGUAUCUGUCGAUGUUGCUAGCGGAUCAUCUUCUAGAAAUCAGGGGCAGUUUGAAGGAGAUCCUGAACCAGACGCAGAACAACCUGAAGCGGCUGGAAAACGAGCGCGAAAGCAACGUCAAUGAGCUCCUCAAUAAACUCUACGACAAGAAUAAGGAACAGCUGAUGAUCACGCGUCUGAAGUGUGGCUUGUCCAAUUGCCAUUUGGUUGAGCUCUGUAACGACAUCGAGAAGAUUCGCGCCGAGGUGCUCAACUCCGGAAACCACGACGCCGUGUGGAAGGUCACGGAGAAGCUAGAGCUGUUUGAGAAACGCUACGUGGAGUUUGAGCUCAUCGCUGAUAACCUGAACACGCUGAAGAGGGAGCUAGAGAGAGCUUACAGGGAAGAGAGCAUCUAUGAGUCUAGGAUGACGACAGAGUUGCCAGGCUCCAAAAACCUGUGCUGGCAGCUGAUGGGCGCGAAUUUUACUAAACGGAAGGAGGAGUUAAAGCAACUCCUGAUUAAGGCCGCUAAAGCUUUGACUACAUUCUUCGUUGUAAGAGGUGCGACGGAGGAAAGAAUGAUAUAUAAUAACGAAAAAGGACCAUAUUCUACAGACGUAUAUGGACACAUAGUCUACCAUUUUGAUCACGGGCUAAACAAAUAUCACUUGGAUUGCGAGGGGAACUAUAGAAAGCCUAACGUCAAGCCCAUAGCGUAUUGUGACGAAGUUGGCCGCUAUAUUCUCAAAAAUGACGAGAAGAUUUACCAAACAGAUGACUGCGCCAGUCUUUACAAGCUCGGCGAUGAUACGCUCCUCAAAAAGGUUUCGCGCGACUGCGGUCACUCUGAGAUCACCAAACCUGAAUGCGCGAUGAGCAUCCAAGAUCCGAUUGACGGCGUGAUACUGCCCGACGCACAACCUGUGGAUAUCAAACGGACGUUGAACGGCGAAGUGGUGAAAUACCUAUGGGAGUCGUUGGGGUCCAUCCUGCCCGACGCGCUUUAUGACGUGUGCCAACAACAGCCCACGAACCCCAUAUACUAUCUGGCCCACAGUCUGCUUAAGCACAAGUACAGCAGAACUUCUGCAGAAUUACUUCAGAAGAAAAAGGAAUCCGAAUCGUAUCGCGCCAAUAUAAUCAAGGAGAGGAAAGAAAAAGCGAUAAAAGAGAGCGCAGCGUGGAAGGCGGGUCAGGUGAAGCGCCGUAAGCCCGAAGAGUCGGACGAUUCGUACAACCGAGCCGUGCACGAUAUCUACGUCGCCACCGACAAGUUCAUCAUGUCGCUCGAUUAUUACAACUAAAUCCAGGGGUCGGCAAACCGCGGCUCUUUGGACCUGCAAUUGUGGCUCUUUACACUAUUAACACAGAACUUAGACCAGUCAAAUCAACUUUUGUGGUUCUUUGGCAAUUAUUUUAAUCCUAAAACUGACGUUUUCUAUUGUGGAUGGUUCUAGGUAUACUCUUUAAAAGUUUGCCGACCCCUGAAACACCUAGAAAAAAAUCGUGAUCGAGUUUGACAAGCGAACUAGAUGCGACUUUAAAUAUACCUACGUUAUUUUUUGUGGUCACUUGAAUGGUCAAACAUCUUGAUGGUGGGAAUACUUCGUUUUUUCUUGCUAAUAAUAUAGAUAUUUUGUAAAAAUGUUUUCUUACCCUUUAUUCUUGGUUUAUAUUGUAAAUAGUACCUACGUUUCAAGUUGUAACUCUUUUUUUGUAUUCAGUUCUGGUAAAUUUGAACUACCCUAAAAAUAUUAUAGGAAUUAGCAAAUUAUAAAAUUGAAUAUAAGGUGGGUCCAUACAGAACGAGCCGCCUCGCGAGGACAGUCUGUGUGGAGACAUGCCUCUUCCGAGGCAUUGAGGCCGCGAGUGCGUUUGCUUCGCCCGAAUAGACCGAAAAAUCAAUGAAACUUUGCCAAUAGGCGGGCCUUUAGUCUAAUUUGAUGUAUUUGAAAGGUCAUACUCAAUGUUACCAGAGCAUCAUAAUUGCUAUUGAUCGAUGUAAUAAGGAAACUAACAGGUAGGACAACUUUCAUCAUUGUGUUACAAUAACAACAAUAAUCAAGAAUUGUAAUAAACUUAAACUAUUUAUUUUUCCUUUUACAAAAUGACCUCUAAUAAAGAAUUUACAAUAAUUUCUCAUCCGAAUGUGGUGAUAGUUCAAUCACAGCGGCUCAGGACCAUGAAUAAAA